UUCUUUCCAACUUUUAGCCUCCCACUAGAAGCAAUGUAAGUGUCGAUAUUUUUUUUUGCGGAUCCCAAAAAUGCAUCGGUGGCAGAACGCGGGCAACGAUGGAUGCGACUGGAAAAAGGCGAUGGCGAGAAAAAGUUCUGAAAGCAUACUUUGGGAUUCCGGCGUGUUUUCUCACACUUUCUCGUAUUUGCCUCCCGCACUUUCGUGACUACCAUUCUGCUAAAUGUGCACCAUGCUAAUUUGGCCUCGGACUGCGCAUUUGCAUUUUCCUGCAUUGCGCACCGAAGAACGAGAAACUGAGAAAAUUCCUGCGCCCUGUGUCUGUCCACUAAACACCAAACUUGCUGCUGUUCUGCUUGUUCUAGAUCCCAUUUAAAAAGCAGAGAAAAUGGUCCGCGUCUCCGUCCUUAACGACUGCCUCAAGAGCAUGAGCAACGCCGAGAAGCGUGGCAAGCGCCAGGUCAUGGUCCGCCCCAGCUCGAAGGUCAUCAUCAAGUUCCUGUCGGUCAUGCAGAAGCACGGCUACAUUGGUGAGUUCGAGAUCAUCGACGACCACCGCGCCGGCAAGAUCGUUGUCCAGCUCAACGGUCGCCUGAACAAGUGCGGCGUCAUCUCGCCCCGCUUCCCGAUCAAGGUUUCGGACAUUGAGCAGUGGGUUGCUGAUCUCUUGCCGUCGCGCCAGUUCGGCUUCAUCGUCCUCACCACCUCGGCCGGUAUCAUGGACCACGAGGAGGCCCGUCGCCGUCACAUGGGUGGCAAGAUCCUUGGCUACUUCUACUAAAGCGCUCUAUGCUGCGUGAUCGCGCAUUUACCUCUGUGAAUGAUUGCUAUGUCAAAUAAAUGGUCAAGCCUUCACAAAUACGCAUGCACAUGCAUAUGCA